UUUCCUUCAUGGAUUGGGAGAUACCGGGCACGGAUGGGCAGAAGCCUUUGCAGGUAUCAGAAGUUCACAUAUCAAAUAUAUCUGCCCGCAUGCGCCAGUUAUGCCCGUUACAUUAAAUAUGAACAUGGCUAUGCCUUCUUGGUUUGAUAUUACUGGGCUUUUACCAGAUUCACAUGAGGAUGAACCUGGAAUUAAACAGGCAGCUGAAAAUGUAAAGGCUUUGAUAGAUCAAGAGGUGAAGAAUGGCAUUCCUUCUAACAGAAUUAUUUUGGGAGGAUUUUCUCAGGGAGGAGCUUUAUCUUUAUACACUGCUCUUACCACACAGCAGAAACUGGCAGGUGUCACCGCACUCAGUUGCUGGCUUCCACUUCGCGCUUCGUUUCCACAGGGUCCUAUCAGUGGUGCUAAUAGAGAUAUUUCUAUUCUCCAGUGCCAUGGAGAUUGCGACCCUUUAGUUCCCCUAAUGUUUGGUUCUCUUACUGCUGAAAAGUUAAAAACUUUGGUAAAUCCAGCCAAUGUAACCUUUAAAACUUACGAAGGCAUGAUGCACAGUUCAUGUCAACAGGAAAUGAUGGAUGUCAAGCAAUUCAUUGAUAAACUCCUACCUCCAAUUGAUUGAUGUCACUAAGAGGCCUUGUGUAGAAGUACACCAGCAUCAUUGUAGUGGAGUAUAAACUUUUCCCGUGCUCAAUCUUGAAAAUUCUUUUUGCAGUGUUAAAAUGUUUUGCAAAUACACGCCAAUGACACAGACUAAAUAAUGUCUCCUCAUGGGAAAUUUAUGAUCUUUUAAGUUUCUAUACAUGUUAUUUGUAUAUGAUCCAGAAUAUACUAGUAUUAAAAUAGGUGAAGCAGCUAGCUUCUUUUUCUCAAAUGUAAUUCAGCAAAAUAAUACUGCAACCAGAUUUUUUAUUACAUCAUUUGAAAAUUACUAGUAUGCUUAAUGAAAAUUUGUUCAGGUAUAAAUGAGCAGUUAAGAUACACAUGAUUUAUGCAUGCUGUGACUUAGUCUAUGGAUUUGUUCCAAAAUUGCUUAGUCACCAUGCAGUGUUUGUAUUUUUAUAUAUGUAUUCAUAUAUAUGUGAAUCUGAUUGUAAUACAUAAUAAGAAUGAGAUGGUAUUACAUUAUUCCUAAUAAUAGGGAUAAUGCUUUUAAGUGUCAAUAAAAAGUAAUAAUGCUUCCUUCAAUUAAUGGCCCUUUUGUUUUGGGGACCAGGCUUUUCUUUUCGCUGACAUCAUUUCUGCUUUGUAUUCUUUUCUCU